GUAGUAAAACUCGACAAAGUAGCACAACUCCGCAGAACACCGACUCAUUUAACCAACUGUAACAUAAUUAAGGAAACAUCAUCAAAGUGCGCAUCAUUACAAAUAUGAUCUGUGCAAAUUUCGCAAUCCCUAGCUUUAUUUCAAGACUUGCAUGCAUUAUGAUCAAAAUGACGCACUAACGAUAUACUACGAGAAUCUGUAUUACAGUUAGGGUUAGGAAGCUUUCCGAGGAAAUUCAUUCGAUUUCUCAAUAAUCUAAUCGGUUUAGCAGAUCGGCAGUGUCAGACAUGUUGCGGUGGAUACUUGGUGGCCGUGAAACGCAAGGUGCCGUGGAAAAGAACACUGUGCUGGUCAUAGGAGACGAACAGCCCAAAAAUGUGUACACAGAGCUGCAGGUGCUCAAAGGUCAUUUUGACAUCGUUCGCUUUCUGGUGCAGAUUGAUAACUUCAGGUUUGCUUCUGGUGGAGAUGAUGGACUGGUGCUUGUUUGGAAUGUUGAGACAGGGGAGCGUCUCCAGGAGCUGAGGGGUCACUCACAGCAAAUCACUGCCAUGGCGGCCUACAGCAGACCGGGCAGGUGGGCCCCUCACACAGACCUCCUCACGGCUUCCUCGGACCGGACCCUCAGCAUGUGGGAUCCAGACACUGGGAAUCGAGUACAAACUGUGUCCGAUUUGCAGUCUUCUGUAAAGUGCCUGCUUGUUCUGGGUCAACUUAGUUUGUGGAUUUCUGGAGGCAAUGAGAUGUGUGUCUGGAACCGGAACUUCGACCUCCUGUGUAGGACCGAUCACCAUAGCGAUGCCGGGAUUGCUGCUAUGGUUGAGUUGCCGAAGAACUGCAUAGCUGCUGCUGUGGACAAAGAAAUAGUCAUUUACAGACUGAGCAGCGUUGCAAAUGAAGCAGACAUGGUUGUGACUGAAGUCCGCAGGCUAACAGACCACCGGGACAGCAUACGAGCUCUGAUCACUAUUAACGAUCAGCUGUUUGCCAGCGGUUCUCAUAUCGGGGAGCUCAUUGUGUGGCACUCCUUGGACUGGACCCCCCAGGUUUUUGAGUGCAUCCUGUGGGACCAUCCACACGUCAGCCCUCAGGAAGAGAUCAAACUCGGAGGGCAGAAGCAGAGCGAGAUGUCGAUCCACCACAUGGCCUCGGUUGGAGAGUUCAUUGCUGCUGCUGUUGGAAGUGGACUGUACAUCUACAACAUACUGACAAGGAGUGUGGUUGCCUACAGGAAGACUGCCCAUGACUCCAACAUUCGGCAAAUCCUGCUGCUGCCCGAUGGAACGUUUGCAAAAACCACCUAUGGGCAGAACAUUGCCUCUGGCACAGUAAAACUGGGGUCUUUCUCCCAUUCAUUUCUGCAGCUGAUGUCCUGCUCUGAAGACGGCAGUGUGAGGAUAUGGGAGCUCCAGGACCUUCCUCUGCCAGCAGAACCAGCCAGCGCAGGCUUCUUUGGAAUGUGGAGUUUCGGGAGGACGAGCAAACAGGCCAGUCAACCGGUGAAAAAGGUCCAGGAGGCUCCGGCCCUUUGCACUCUGGAACUGAUCGGAGAUCUGAUUGGACACUCUGGAGCCAUCCAGAUGUUCAUAAACUUCACGGACCGAGGGCUGGUCUCAUGCUCCACGGAUCACCUGAUCAUCAUAUGGAAGAACGGUGAGAGGGAGUCUAGGCUGAGAAGUAGCUCCCUCUUCCACAAGUUGGAUCAGAACGGAGGCCUCUGACUUGGUGUAAAGCCUAGCAGUGGUGCUGUGAUCUGAGGGAGCUUAUACCUCUGCACCAAAAUAUAGGCUGUAUUUAUUGUGAGAUGAUUUUACUUUUUAUUAUGAUGUCCUGUCAUUGACUGAAGCCUCAUCUUGCCUUGUUCCCUGUCCUUUUUUUGGGAUAAACAGUUAUGGAAGAUGGAUGUUUUAUUAGUGUUAUUUGUAUGUUUUACACUGUAGUGCUUUAAGCAUGCUGUUGGUUCUUGUACUGUACCUGUCCGAUUGCUGCGAGAGACCAGGCAUAGUUCAAAUACCAUUCUGCCAGCAAACGUAAGCCUUGUAUCAGAAAUCAGGAUGACAGAAUGUGAAUUUCAGCUUUUGUUUCAUUUUAAAUUUUAUUGCACUCGUACAGUUUGUAUAUUUUAAAACAACCAUGUGUUAUUGGUAAAGAACACAUUGUUAUAUUUAUUUCACUGAAUGCCAAAUAAAUGGUUUUCUAUGAGCUUGUACAAAAUAAAUGUAAAAGGUCUUUAGUUGCCUGUCAACCACAGUACUGCUUUGUUUACCAUAGCUCAAGUACAGCAUUGUGUUGUGACCCCAAAAAGUCUCCUUUGACAAAAAAAAAAAGUUAAAAAAUAUCAGACUAGCACAGUCGCUACAUUGAACGUGGAAUGUUAUGGUUGAACCAGCAUGAUGUUGAUGUGCCCAUUUUAACAACUAAGAACAUUACGAUAGAAUCUUUGAAAAAUACAGAUGAUUUUAAUUACACGAUGCUGUAAUUUUCAGUGUUAAAAGAGAUUUUUUUAAAAUUAAAUAGAGCUUUAUAUACAA